UCAAUCAGACUUAAUGGGGUAUUAAAAAAAAAUGGGGGGUGGGGAGGGCCGCCCUCUUGCUCCGCGCCGCAGCUGCCCCAGGAGCGAAUGAAUAACGCCGCGCAGACGAUCCACUCAUCCGAUCCACGCGCGCUCCACGCCCGGGCCCUCUCCAAGUUGGAAAGGACAAAAAGAAGGCAAUAAAUCUAAAAGGAAGAGAGAGGGAACCGGAUUGAGCGGCAACUCCCAGCCUCUGCUGGAAGAGAGGGAGGGAGCCGGAGAGAGCGAGCGAGCGCGCGCGAGGGCGAGCCCUGCACGUAAAGAAACUGACACCCGGACCCCCCACUUCUCCUGCACGUUGCUGGCAAUCAGAUCGCGUUUAAGCAAUUUCCUGAGCCCAAGAAUAGCAAUGAGUCGGGAGACUUUCGCAGGCUGAAAUUGGGAGCUCCAAGCACUUUUCCCCCACUUUUUUUUUUCCUGGAGAAGGGGGCGCGCUACAAUUUGGAAACGGCUUUUUUUUUUUUUUAAUCUUGCACUUUGAAACCGCGGGACUGUGGCAGGGUGCGCGCGGGUGGUUGGUGCCUUUUUUUUUUUUUUUUUUCUUUCCCUGCCUAAACUCCUCUGUCAGUCUGUAAACAUUACCUGAGAAUUCCCCAGCCGGCACGGCUGCUAGGGCAAGAAACUUCUUGUUAGAACUUCCCACCUCCGGCUUCCCCUCCACCCCUCCACGGUCCCAACCUUAUAAGACGCUUUUUCUCCUCCCGAGGAUUCAUCCUUUUUUUUUUUUUUUAAGUCCCCCCCACCACCAACUUUUCUCAGCCGGUGCUUUGCAUUUGUGGAAAGGUCAUUUCAAGAGUGACCAGGUGGGACGCCUCUCUUUUGUAUUCGGUUUAUUUAUUAUUGUUUUGGGGUGUUUUCUUUUUUAAUUCCUGUUUUGUUCAGUCCGGGGAGUUUCGCCCCCUGCCCGGCUCCGCGGCGCGGAGGAUGGUGUGGAAAUGGCUGGGCGCCUUGGUGGUGUUCCCUCUGCAGAUGAUCUAUCUAGUGGCGAAAGCAGCCGUCGGACUGGUGCUGCCCGCCAAGCUGCGGGACCUGUCGCGGGAGAACGUCCUCAUCACCGGCGGCGGGAGAGGCAUUGGGCGCCAGCUGGCUCGCGAGUUUGCAGAGCGCGGCGUCAGAAAGAUUGUUCUAUGGGGCCGGACUGAGAAAUGUCUGAAGGAGACGACGGAGGAGAUCCGGCAGAUGGGCACAGAGUGCCACUACUUCAUCUGUGACGUGGGCAACCGGGAGGAGGUAUACCAGACGGCCAAAGCUGUCCGGGAGAAGGUGGGUGACAUCACCAUUCUGGUCAACAACGCCGCUGUGGUCCACGGGAAGAGCUUGAUGGACAGCGACGAUGACGCCCUCCUCAAGUCCCAGCACAUCAACACCUUGGGCCAGUUCUGGACCACCAAGGCCUUCCUGCCGCGCAUGCUGGAGUUGCAGAACGGCCACAUCGUGUGCCUCAACUCCGUGCUGGCGCUGUCUGCCAUCCCCGGCGCCAUCGACUACUGCACGUCCAAAGCGUCCGCCUUCGCCUUUAUGGAGAGCCUGACCCUGGGACUGCUGGACUGUCCGGGCGUCAGCGCCACCACCGUACUGCCCUUCCACACCAGCACUGAGAUGUUCCAGGGCAUGAGGGUCAGGUUUCCCCAUCUCUUUCCCCCACUGAAGCCAGAGACGGUGGCGCGGAGGACAGUGGAAGCGGUGCAGCUCAACCAGGCCCUCCUCCUGCUCCCCUGGACCAUGAAUAUCCUCAUUAUCUUGAAAAGCAUACUCCCACAGGCUGCACUGGAGGAGAUCCACAGAUUCUCAGGAACCUACACCUGCAUGAACACCUUCAAGGGGCGGACAUAGAGGCAGGAGGAAGAGACAUGCUCAAGGAGCCACGGAGCCUGCAGGGGCCAUAGAACCUGGGCACACACCCAUGCGCCUGCCUGUUGGUACAUUUCUGCUGGGUGAGCAGGGCUGCUUCUGUCCCCAGGGAAGAAUAUGGCAGCCCCCCAGGUCAGCCCCAGGACCUUUGCACAGGACUGAUGGGUAUAACUCUGACCCCCAUGGGGAGCCAAGAAACCAGCUAGCAGCUGCCUUGUCAUUUCUACAUUUCUGAUUCUGUAGAGUUCAUUGUUAAAUUGCUUCUCAAGUCUAACCAGCCUCAGCAGUGUGCAUAGACUAUUUCUGGGAGGGUCUGUCCCUAGAUGCUCUACCUUUCCCUCCAAAACCCACUCAUCCUCAGCUUGCGCAAACUGGUUGAACAGCUGGAAUGAAAAAUAAAGAGAGAUGGCUUUUGCAA